GGUGUAGGGUUGCCGCUUGGGGCAGGUGGACUCUGAGGGACACUGUGACCCCAGCGCCCCCUUUAGAGAGUCCCCCCACUGCUCCUGAGGUCGCACCCACCCCACCCUCCGAUUUCAGGAAUUCCUGGCUGGGGGGUGGACUUCCUCCCCCACUUCCUCCCUUCCAGGAUUUGGCUAGGUCACCAUUAACUCCUUCCUGCCUCCACCUCACUCCCCCCACCCCCUGCUUGCACAGGACAUCCCACCACCCCCAACAAGGCUGAAGGACAGCUCUGGAAUUUCUGUGAGCCAUUGUUGGUGGUGGGAUGUGUUGUGUUAACUCAGGCAGGAUGUGCGCUGGGGUACUUACUGACACAGAUGGAGCUCAUAGGGGCCACCCCCUAGCGCCCCCAAGCCUGGGCCACGCCACCAGCUCCCCUCCUCCUGAACCCACCAGGAGGGUACCUCCCAAUCUCUCUCUGUAGAUGAACUCAGCUUCAGGUUUGGGGUGAGGAUGGGGAGAUUUCCUUUUCUGAGGGGGUCCCAGUAGGAGGAAAUAAGAGAGAUGAUAGGCGGCUCCCCAGCUUUGGGAAUCAUAAUCAAGAACCCUUGAGCGUGAAGUCUUUGAAUGGAAGGACUCAGGAUGGGAGAAUGAUCAGAGGCAGGCCUGGGGCCCCACAAUCUUCAGAUCACAAGUCCUCAGGAUAUAUGAAUGUUUCAAUCCAAAAAGAUUAGUGUUGGAAUCUUGGGCAGCUUUCAGGGUUCCAAGCAGAGAGAGCUCAAAGGGCUUACGGAGCCAUGGACGUCAGGCACCCAUUUUACAGAUGGGAAAACUGAGGCCAGGGAGCAGAAGUCCCCAUAAUGAGUCCGUGCCAGGCUGGGGGCUGGGACUCCGGUUCCACUGAAGCCCAAAUCCAGAGAGCUGGCUUCUUUUGCUGCCACUAAGUCGGAUUAAUUUGGGAAAAGAGGUCUUCACAGUGAGGAGGGAAGAAUGCCAGGGCACCAUACAGUCAGCUUUGAACUGUGAGCUCCCACCACGACCAAGCCAAGCCAGAGCCCCUCCCCUGCCCCCUUCAAAUUCCUCACUCCAUCCGUAAUCCUCCUCCAUAAUAGCCUUUACUCACCUCCUUCCUGUUUCUUAAACACCCUUCCCACAUUUCCCGGACUAAGGGCACCUACUUUUCCAUAAUCUUGUUUGUUUCCCUAUUUCUUACUGGGGUCCUAGGGAGCACCAGCACCCAACUGACCCUGCCUGGUGUUUUCAACCCUCCCUAACUGUAGUCUGUCCUAUCUCAACACUAUCGCACAUAUUUCAUGCCUCUUCUAGAACAUUCUACCCCCCAUCCCUUCAACGUGGCCACGUGUACUUUCUAUAUCCUCUACCAAUAUCUCCCUCUUACCACUGCCCGAUGAGGCCUCCAUCUCUUCCAUAAACACCCCCCUUGGCCAAUUCUUGGGCUACCCCUCAACUCCCUCCUUUCCACUCUGUUUGGGUCUGUAAACACCCCCUUGACAAACCUCUUUUUUUUUUUUAAUCCCCCCUCCCACCCCAAGCCUCCCUCUGAUCAUAAUUCUAUCCUUCCCCUGACUUUUCCCUCUCAAGCUCUCCCCUUCCCUGCCCAGGCCAGUCCAGGAUUCACGGUCACCCUCAUCUCUCCCCCGUGGACUGCCACCCACCAUGUUCCCCUGAGCCUCCAAGGAGGGGGCUCAGGGGGCCCGAUGGCCUCCCGCCCCCCGUGGCCCCACAGCCCCCGUGGGCCGGGGGAAGAGCCUCGGGAGCCCCAGCGCCGAGGAUGGGCAACCGCACAUGGGAUGGCUGCCACGUGGACUCGCGUGUGGACCACCUCUUCCCGCCGUCCCUCUAUAUCUUUGUCAUCGGCGUGGGGCUGCCCACCAACUGCCUGGCCCUGUGGGCGGCCUACCGCCAGGUCCGGCAACGCAACGAGCUCGGGGUAUACCUGAUGAACCUCAGCAUCGCCGACCUGCUGUACAUCUGCACGCUGCCGCUGUGGGUCGACUACUUCCUGCACCACGACAACUGGAUCCACGGCCCCGGCUCCUGCAAGCUCUUCGGCUUCAUCUUCUACACCAACAUCUAUAUCAGCAUCGCCUUCCUGUGCUGCAUCUCGGUGGACCGCUACCUGGCGGUGGCCCAUCCACUGCGCUUUGCGCGCCUGCGCCGGGUCAAGACAGCCGUGGCUGUGAGCUCUGUGGUCUGGGCCACGGAGCUGGGGGCCAACUCAGCGCCCCUGUUCCACGACGAGCUCUUCCGCGACCGCUACAACCAUACCUUUUGCUUCGAGAAGUUCCCCAUGGAGGGCUGGGUGGCCUGGAUGAACCUCUACCGGGUUUUCGUGGGCUUCCUCUUCCCCUGGGCCCUCAUGCUGCUGUCCUACCGCGGCAUCCUGCGGGCUGUGCGGGGCAGCGUGUCCACCGAGCGCCAGGAGAAGGCCAAGAUCAAGCGGCUGGCCCUGAGCCUCAUCGCCAUCGUGCUGGUCUGCUUCGCGCCCUACCACGUGCUCCUGCUCUCCCGCAGCGCCGUCUACCUGGGCCGCCCAUGGGACUGUGGCUUUGAGGAGCGUGUCUUCUCGGCCUACCACAGCUCGCUGGCCUUCACCAGCCUCAACUGCGUGGCUGACCCCAUCCUCUACUGCCUCGUCAAUGAGGGGGCCCGCAGUGAUGUGGCCAAGGCCUUGCACAACCUGCUCCGCUUCCUGGCCAGUGACAAGCCCCAGGAGAUGGCCAACGCCUCACUCACCCUGGAGACCCCACUCACUUCCAAGAGGAACAGCAUGGCCAAGGCCUUGGCAGCUGGCUGGGCGGCGGUUCCACCCUCCCAGGGGGACCAGGUGCAGCUGAAGAUGCUGCCACCCGCCCAGUGAACCCCCAACUCGUGCAGAAACCCCUCACUCCUCCAGUCUUAGCUCCCUUCCCUUCGGGUCUGCUGUAUGCAAAUUGUAUGUAAAUGGGGCUGUGCUCGUAUUCAUAAGAGUAGAGGAAAACGGGAAAACAGUGAGGUUGGUGGGUCACUGGCCAAUAAUCAGCCUCUACCAUGACCCCAUAACAACUUGGUUGAACAAUUCAGGGGCACUGUGCUGGGUGGUGCUAGUGACACAGUGGUGACAAAUGACAAUCCUGGCCCUCCGUCACGUGCUCCCACUCCCAUGGGGGAGACAGACCUGCCCCCAGAAAGGGAUGACCCAGAGGGGGUGAGGCUCAGACAGGGGCACCCAGAGGGCCUCUGACCCAGUCUGAGGGUCAGGGAGGGCUUCCUGGAGGAGGAGACAAGUAAAUUAAGUCAAACAUUUGGCUUCCAGAAGGUAACGACAAGAAG